AUGUCUCUCCCCAAAGCCCUGGCACAGAUCCUCUUCGUCGGAACACAGAUCGUCGGCAAGGCAUUCCUAGAAGCCGGUCGACAAGCAGGAAGGAAUGCUCGUGCCGGUCGAGUCGAGGCCUCAGCAGCAGGCGCCGCAGGUGUAGGAUCCGGCUCGGCAGCAUCACCCUCGGAUCAGCUGACAAGAACGCACCGCAUGACGCUCGAUGAGGCUAAGCUCAUCCUUAACCUCAAACAAGAUGUCUCGGCGGCAGGCCUCUCGAAAUCAGCACCAGCAGCGGCAGCAACAGAAGGCGAGGGCAAGUCAAUACUCGACCAGGUCCGAGAGGCCAUGGUCAAGAACUACGACCACCUCUUCGCGACCAACGCGCCGCCAGCACCAAAGGGCCAGACGGGUGGCGGAGCCGGCUCGUUCUAUAUUCAGAGCAAGGUGGUACGAGCUCGCGAAAGGAUCGAGGCAGAAUGGGGACUUCUCAAUGCAGGCAAGGAGGCCGAAGCAGGGGCAGCAGAUGCGUCUGCAGCGGAAGGCAAAGCAGACCAGGCCAACAAGAUGCCAUGA